UAUUAUGGUUUGAUCUCCCCAAACAACUGUCGUCACUCACGAUGAGUGAGUCAACGAGGCCCUCUGGGGUUAGACAAGAGCCGGAGGGUUGUCAGACAAUCAAAAAAGAAGAUGUAGAAACACUCUGUGGAAUGGGCAUCCCGAAACCAUUGGCAGAACAGGCUCUGUUAAUUACUGGUUCUAAUUCGGUUGAAGCAGCCGCAGCCUGGUAUUUUGAGAUGCAGGAGACUGAAGAGACCGAUCUCAACCUGGAAAGUGGAGCUCUUGCAAGAGUGGGUCAGGGAGGAACUACAGCCUCAGUUGCUCCUACGUCUUCGUUCGAGGGAGAAGAAGUCAAGAUGGUUUUUGUAGUCAAUAUGGAAUUGAAGAUGGGAAUUGGAAAGACUGCAGCGCAGGUUGCCCAUGCGUGUUUAGGUCUAUACCGAAUGUUGAUUCAAGAUGGAGUCACGUAUGCUCCACUGCUGUUUCAAUGGGGAUCUCUAGGUGAAAAAAGUGUAGUACUGUCCGGUUCUGAUGCGAACCAUCUCAUGGAUCUGCAGAAGAGGUCGACACUCGUGGGUCUACCGUGUUAUCUAAUUAGAGAUGCAGGAAGGACACAGCAGUUCGUGGUGAAAUUGCUUGAUCUGCGUGCCCUGGCUGCGGGUUCUGCGAUUUGGAAGGGGAACAAGAUGGCGGACAGUGGUGCUCAACGGGGAUUCCUUGUGUUGGUUGCUUUGCUGCUAACGUACAACGCCUUACCUGGCGAUGCGACCGAUUUACUGCAACAUCCCUCGGGGUAUCAGGAGAAGCUAGUGAAGGACCUACUGACGGAGUACAGCCGAUAUGUCAGACCAGUUCUCAAUGAAAGCAAACAGAUUGAGAUAUUCUACCACAUUCGACUCUCGAGAAUCCUCAAAAUUGACGAGAGAAACCAAAUCCUGACGACAGCAAUAUGGCUGGAGCAGAAAUGGACGGACGAUUUUCUAACGUGGGAUCCAUUGGACUACGAUAACAUCACCACCAUUAACAUCCCAACUCGCAAGAUGUGGAUACCAGACACGGUGCUGUAUAACAGUGCUGAUGUGGAUAAAGAGCCAGGCACAGGCGUCAUGAUGACCAAUGCAGUCGUCUCAUAUAACGGUGAAGUAUUCUGGGCAGCUCCCGCCAUCUUUAAAAGUUCAUGCUCCUUGGACAUCACGUACUUUCCCUUCGAUAGGCAGACGUGCCGUUUGAAGUUUGGACCAUGGGCAUACAAGAGUACCGAAGUCGUCAUGAAAACUGAACACGAAACUGGUGAUUGGACGCAGAUGACUCCUAACGGCCAAUGGGAACUUCUGGACAUGCCGGUGAAGUCAAAUCUUGAAGUCUACGGAUGUUGCCCCAUCCCUUUCUCGGACAUCACCUUUACUCUAGAGUUACAGAGGAAGGCUCUCUUCUACGUCUUCACCCUCCUCUUUCCCUCCAUCUUCAUGUCGCUCAUCUCAUUCCUCAGUUUCUACCUCCCGGCAGAGUCCGGUGAGAAGGUCGGCCUGAAUAUCACUGUGCUACUCUCACUGGUGUUCUUCUUGCUCUUGGGGGCGCAACUCUUACCUCCAACAUCGGAUACUGUGUCUUUGCUUGGUCAAUUGCUGGCAACAAUUAUCAUCCUCAUGUCCAUCGAGACUGCCGGCUCGGUCAUAAUCCUCCGUCUUCACCACCAUGUCCCGACCAGCCCUCCACCUCGAUGGGCCCGUAAGCUCAUCCUUGACUGGCUCGCUCUCGCUCUCCGCAUGACGGGGAGACGCCACGCCUUCCACGAAGAAUACACAGACCUCACACUUGAGAAGGAAACGUUAAAGGCUGACGCCCACCAAACCGACGACCCAUUUGAAUUCGACCAGCAGAACUCUAUAUUCAACUGUCAGACACUCGGUGUCAGUCUCCUGCAGCAGCUGCAGUUGGAGGGCGGUUCAAACGGACCGAAAGACAGCGUGGAGCAGGGCUAUAUGUCGGACUCUGACUACGGGAGUGACGCGACUGAUCUAAGUAUUGGGUCCACUGUGCAGCAGAUCGGAGGAUGCAUUGAUAGGCUGGUGAACAGGUCUAAGCUACAGGAGAAGAAAUCUCUGAUCCAGCAACAAUGGAUUGAUAUGUGUGUCAUUCUAGAUAGAGUACUUAUGGCCCUGUUUGCUAUGGCCAUAAUCAUGACGUCACUGAUUAUUCUACUGAAGAUGACGCAAAGUAAGCCCGUUGAAUCUUGAGAUCCUUUUAUACAUAGACCUUCGUUCCAUUUGUUAGUGCUCGCGAUUUAUAUUAUCAAUAAAAUAUGCACUCCUCAGUCUGGCUUUAUAGGGCUUUAGAAUUGUGUGUUUAUUCAUUCAACAUUAUAAUAUAGAAUAACAUUAUAAUUAUAAAUAAACAAGAAUUAAGAAGGUCCGGUUUUGAUCGAAAGCAAAGGCCAUCUACCCUACUCAUUGUAUGAACAUAUUUAUAAUAUAAUUUUAGAAAUAUUAUUUCCAAACAUGACCUGCAUUAACGAUUUGUAUUGUAGUUGUAUAAUUCUAAUAAUAUAUUGCUGUUUGACAUUUGUAUAGGCAAAUACACGUUGUACUUAAUUUAUUUUAUAAUGCUUUUCGCUUAUAAAUAAUAAUAACUCCUAAACGUGAGGAAACCAUUACUGGUGUAAUUUCUGGAAUUAUCAGUUGUUUAAAGUUGAGAUCCUAAAUUGUAAGUAUUCGGUUAUUUACUAUUUUAUUACAAAUUUAUCCAAAAUAAGAAAAAAGUGCAACGGGUAAACCUGGCAUUUUCUUUAGACAUUCACCACAAAUAUAAAAAAAAAAAUGAAGGGGUAAGCCUUGAAUUUAAUUACAAAAAAUAAAUGAUUCAAAGCGCGCAAGGGGUAAGCUUGCAUUUUAUCACGUAAUUCACAAAAAAUAUGCAACAAGUACAGAGGGUAAGCCUUUUAUUUGUUUUAAUUGUUGUCAAUAAUAAGCCUCGCAUUUCAUUCAAACUUCAUUAAACAAAAAAAUAAAAAUUGCAAGGCAGGUAAAGCCUUUCAAUUAUUCAAAAUGUAUCAAAAAUAUGCAAAUUUGGCCUGGAAAUGUGUAAAAGGCUAUGACCUUGUGUACUAAGCAGAAUUUGCCUGAAAAUGUUAACAAGGCUAUAACCUUGUGUACUGCGCAGAAUUUGCCUGAAAAUGUUAACAAGGCUUUAACCUUGUGUACUAAGCAAAUUUUGCCUGAAAAAUUGUGUACAAGUCUUCAACCUUGUGUACUAAGCAAAGUUUGCCUGAAAAAUUGUGUACAAGGCUAUAACGUUGUGAACUGAGCAGAAUUUGCCUGAAAAUGUUAACAAGGCUUUAACCUUGUGUACUGCGCAGAAUUUGCCUUAAAAUGUUUACAAGGCUAUAACCUUGUGUACUAAGCAAAUUUUGCCUGAAAAUGUUAAAAAGGCUAUAAAAUAUAACCUUGCCUGAAAAUGUUUACAAUGCUAUAACCUUGUGUACUGAGCAAAUUUUGGCUGAAAAUGUUAACAAGGCUAU